GUUUUUCAUGCGGGAAAUAUGUAUUGGAUUUUGUUGUUGAUGUUGGUGCGUACGAUAUGGUGCGCUCACGGCGCCUGCGAGCCAAUCCGGAUCGAAAUGUGCCGCGGUCUCGGCUAUAACGUCACCGCCAUGCCAAAUCUGGUUGGCCACGAGAUUCAAGGCGAUGCUGACUUUACCUUGCAGACGUUCAGUCCGCUCAUUCAGUACGGAUGCAGUGCACAACUACAUCUAUUCCUAUGCUCAGUAUAUGCACCAAUGUGCACUGACAAGGUUACUUCACCCAUUGGACCUUGCAGAGGCCUAUGCGAGCAAGUGAGAGCCCGGUGCUUUCCGGUUCUUCAAGGAUUUGGUUUUCCUUGGCCAGCUGCAUUGAACUGUUCCAAAUUUCCACCAGAAAACAAUCACCAUCAUAUGUGCAUGGAAGGACCUGGCGAACCUGGACCAGUUAAUCCUAUCCAGGCGAUAGGCGCCAGUAACGGACCUUGGGGUUGUUCCUGGUACGCCAAGUCCGGGUUAUACAUCUUCCUGAAUCGUUCUGGAAGAUGUGCUGCUGCUUGCGACGCUGAUAUCCUAUGGUCCAAAAAAGACAAGAAACUCACAGAGGCUUGGAUGACUAUAUUCACCGCAGCAUGCCUCGCCUCCGUCGCGGUCGCUAUCCUGACUCUUCUGAAGCCGCGCAAACAACCGGUAUUAACCACUACCGCAGAACGUGCAAUAAUCUUCUUGACAGUCUGUCAUGCGGUGGUCGCGAUCGGUUAUGUGAUUCGUCUGGCGGCUGGCCGUCUGAACGUCGCCUGUACGUCUGCGAUCCCGCUGCAUCCGCAGGAUCAAGUAACCUUGUCUCAACAACAGCAGCAGCAACAAUACCUCACGCAAGAUGGCCUAGCUAAUCCUUACUGCGCUGUCGUGUUUUUGCUACUGUAUUACUUCGGAAACGCUGCGAUUGUCUGGUGGGUCGUGAUAUGCGCGUGGUGGUGCAUAAUGGCCAGAAAAUGGACGAGGACGGCCGGCAACUGCAAGGAGGAUGGUUUCGGACCGCAACAGGGAUUCUCAACUAUCGCCGCGGUCGCGGCUUGGGGUCUGCCAGCCGCGCAUACUAUCGCCGUUCUGGUCACAAGGGAUGUCGACGCUGACGAGUUGACCGCUAGUUGCUUCGUCGGCCAGCAGAACACGCAUUCUCUGCUCGUGCUAGUGCUGGCGCCUCAGUUCGUCUACUUGUCGUUCGGCACGACGUUCUUGUUGGUCGGCCUAGCGUCGUUGAUGCUGCCGCGACGUCCGGCAGUAACGCCCACCACGACACCGACGUCGUCCUCGUCCUCUUCGUCGUCGGCGACGGCGGCUCUGACCGCGUUAGCGGCGUCUCACGCGAACCCGCUGAUGCGUACGCGCGAGAUAUCCGGUAAAUCGUCCCCGGCGGAGAUGCAACGCCGGCAGAAGCAGCUGUUGACGCGCGUCGGUAUAUUCGGCUGGCUCUACGCCGCCUUGAUGAUCUGCCUGGCCAGCACGAGCUUUUACGAGUGGUGGGGAAGGGAGACGUGGCUGCGAGCGCCGGAACCGUCGACGACGCCGCGCGUGCCCUCCCGACCUCUGCUGCAGGUUUUCGUGCUGCGACUAGUGGUGACCCUUAGCGCCGGCAUCAUGACCGCCGCGUGGAUCUGGUGGCCUGAGGCGGCGAGCAUAUGCCGCAGGAUAUCGCACUGUAAGCAACCGCCGCGGAAGUGCCAUCCGGUGCCGGUCGUGCAUUGUUACAGCGCUGGGGCCGCCGCCAGUCCCGUGCCUCAUCAGAUUCACCAUCUGAAUCAUCUGACGCCGCCGCAGCAGCAUCCCCUGCUGCAUCAGCACCCGAUCACGAAUCCGCAGAUGCCGCACAGGAACUAUAAGAAGCAUCGAAAGCACCGAAUUCAUCAUUCCGGCAGCGAGACGCAAGUCUGAGCGAACGUUGCGCGCGUACAAACGUGACGAUAUGCACCGACUCCUCGCCGUUCGAAUGCCUUCAAUGUUAUCGCGUUAUUACGCUCUACGAUAUGGCCUGACAAACGAUACGUGACGUCGUAUGUAUCCUUUGCCUCGCGCCGACCUCUCACAUGUGUGUGUGUGUGUGUAUGUGUGUGUGCAUAUGUGUGGGAGAGUAAAGUCAUCCAAGUAUAAUCUAAGUUAUUUAGCAUUCUUAUCAUAUCGUCCGUUCGAUAAUUCUUCUUCUCAAAUGCAUUUCUCUUCACUCUCUGUCGCAGCUAAUAUAACACCAUAAAUUUAACAGAACUUCCUCUUUCGUGCAAGACAAGUGUCGAAUUCACGGCACAUCCUCGCUACUGUGUCGUAUUACUAAGUAGCGAAUGAAAUUAAUAUCUCAUCUGUAUUUUUGUAGGAAAGAGAGAGAGAGAGAGAGAGAGAGAGAGAGAGAGAGAGAGAGAGAUUUACGGAAGUGAUUUUAUAAUGCCACAAUGAUGCCGAAUUCGACGCCGUUGAAUUUACCCAUUGAAACGUUCGUGGAAACGAGAGAGAGAGAACAGCGGAUGCUAAAUUUAAACGUCGAAGAAUGAUGGAGCGGUACGAUUGGGGGGAAGAGCGUAUUCAUUUCGGUCUGUGCCCUCCUAUUCGUGCCUCAGCGUUGUUAUGUAAACGCACGUGCCUACAUAGACCGUAGAACAGUUAUCGCACUGCAGUUCUGCGAAUAUAACAUCCGGCGGUGCGAUCUUUGUUCAACUUUGUCCACUGCCAGGAAAUAAUUCCUACUCCGUAUACCGUGCCAAUUUUAUUCUCUAUUGUAUUAACGUACUCUCUUUUCGCCUUACCCUCGCAAAGGAUUUCCGCGUGGGAUAUUUUAGGAAGCCAGUCACAUGCGAACCAACAUUGCCUCUCUUGACAUAUCUCGUUGCUUUAUUUUUUUUUUAUUAUGGAUUAGCCAAAUAAUCUCCGUUUGUUACAUAUAGUGGCGAUUAAUCUGAUUCUAAUUUUAUUUGAAUGUGUAUACGAACAAAAGUGAGAAAAAAUGCAAAAUUUAAUGUGAUAACAAAA